UUAAUUAUUUAUUUCUAAUCGUGAUUGCGAAAUGUUCACAUAAUAUAAGUAUUUAUUUUCUUGAAAAAAUUAGUCGAUUAAUUAUGAAUGACAGGGGAUCAAAAAAGAUCUCUUUCAAUAAGUCUUCGUUAUUGAGUUUGAAGGCAGAAUUAUUAAAGAAACAGGAAGAGGUACAUGAGAAAAAACAUUUGCCACAGCAUAGAGUUGAAAACUAUAAACCUCCAGUUGCGAAAACUAGCAGCAGAAAUGAUAAACACCAGGAGAAAAGGACCUUUAAGGACAGUCUUAAAGCAGUUGACACUGAAGAACUUGAAGCGUGUAGAAAAGCUAAACAGGCGUUAGAAAAAAAGGCAGAGUUGUAUGAGCACCUGGCAGACAGUUCUGGCAAUUCAGAGUUGAGUGGUAGAUUUCUGGUGGACUUCCAGUCCAAAAAGCUGCAGGAGGCGGAACAAGAGCCCAGUCUACCACCCGAGAAUGAUGUGUAUCAGAGUGUUGAUGAUGAUGACAAUGAAUGGACCGAAUUCACAGACUGCCUGGGUAGAACGCGCAAGUGUCACAAGUCCGACCUGGAGCUGUACGUCCAACGCGACCAGCAACUCAUGCGCGCGAUGGCCGGGGAACAGGAGGCCACGAGGGAUGAAACGCCUCAGAAUGAAGCUCCUCGAGUUGAGAAACCUCUUUUGGUGCAAAAAACGAAUGACUAUUUGCAGUCCUUGCGUGAAAAAUGGGACCAGAAGGAACGAGAACUACUCGCCAAAGACAAGGACAUACAUUAUCAAGACUUGCUCUUCGAUGAGGCCCGCAUCCACGGCGUCGGCUACUUCUCGUUCAGCACCGACGAGGCGGAGCGGCGCAAGCAGAUGGAGGCGCUGAAGGCGGAGCGCGCGGAGACGCUGGCGGCGCAGCAGGAGGCGGCGCGGCGGCGCGCGCGGCGCGACGCGCUGCUGGCCGCGCGCGUGGCCGCCGCCAGGGCCCGCCAGCGCGCCCGGGCCGGCCUGCCGCCCGCGCCCCAGGAACCCAACAAAGAGGAUGAAAAAGACUUCACGACAUGUCUGUUAGAAUUUUUGACGCAACAAAAGGAUGAAGCUGAAGCCGCUGCGAAAGAAAAAGAGAAGAAACUUAAAGAAGAACAAGAGAAAGAGAGACAGAAGUUGCGAGAGGCUUACGUCAGAGAAUGGGACAUUGGAAAAGACGGUGUUGAAGGAAAACUCAAGAAAUUCAGGGAAAUGACGCAAGAAGAGUAUGUUGAGCAGCAAAGAGCUAAAAGGAUAGACGAAUUCGCUCCCGUACAAGGCUCUAGUAGAGACGAGGCAAACUAUUUCUUUGAUGAUAAAGGUAACAUGGUAUCUUCUGAUAGGUCUCCGUCUUCCAGGAAUUCACGGUCAGAUGAAAGGUCCAAAGUAAAAACUCCCCCGCCACCCACGUGGUCAGAUGUAAGACCCAUAGAAAAUGCUUCCCCACCUCCUAUUAUAAGCGAUUUAGAACCUGAACAAAAAGGUUUAUAUUUUACGAGCAAAAAAUCUAAACCUAAAUGUAAUGUGCAGUAUAAGAACUUUGUAAAAACUAGUGAACCAACUCCUAUACAAAAUGAAAUUAGUGACGAAGAAGUUGAUGAACGACAGAAAGACACGGAGAAAAGAAGACACGAUUCCAGCCAUGCGCAAAUAGCUCCGCCUCCAACAUAUGAUUACUAUGGACCUGUGCCUAAAAAAACUAAGAAUCACAAACCAUUCGAAUCGGAUAUCAGAGAAGCAUAUGCUCAGGGAUCCAAAAGCUUGGAACCUAAAUCAAGCAGAGAACGUAUACCUCCCAAUUACGACUUCACAUUUGAUUAAUUUGAUAAUAAAAAAUACGAAU